GAGGUAAUGCACUGCAAUCUGCAUUAUAAAUCGCCACAUGCUGUUUGCGUGAAUGGUGUUUGAAAGGUAUGAACGAUCUAAUUGCAAAAUGUGCUCCUUAUCAUUGUCAGCUGCAGUGGUGGGAAAAUUGAAGCGGAGUGUGGGAAUGAACAUGUCGCUCACACUCAACAAUUUUGAUUUGGUACAAAAAAUAUGACGUUUAAAUCAAAUGCCAAACUUAUUAAUUCUAGUCGACUCAAAUUAGUAUUAGAUUCAGCGCAUUUAAAAUGUGACGUUUAAACCAGACCUUAAAACUGCUAAUUUAGCAUUAUUUUACAUAUGAAAGUACCAAUAUACUUAAAUCCAUUUGAUUACAUAAUAAACCAUUUUUUUCUAUACAGGUUUCAUAAGUAUGCUUACACAAUGUACACAGAAUAUAUAUACACAGUGCAUGUAUACAAUUUACACACAAAGUAAUUCCCUGGCCAAACAGACACACAACUAGCUGCAAGUUGAACUUGUGUAGAGACUUGCACUGGGUGGCCAAACGGACCUGCAAGUUUCCUCACAAGUCCACGCAAGUCGCAAAAAAAACCCCAACCAUUUCAAGGUCACCAUAUUGAAAACCCUGCAUACAUUGUUAUAACAACGAAUGGAUGUUACUCAACUUGCUUCGACUUGGGUUGGGUGGCCAAACAGUGAAAAACUUGUGUCAACUUGUGGGCAAAGUCAUCGCAAGUCAAUGCAAGUGCAUGCAAGGCCUGGCCAAAUGGGGUCCCAAGUGAACCCAAGUGUCUACUUAUGAGUCUGUUUCGUGAGGGUUAAUGGUGCUGUUACACUAGGCAAUAAACAUGGCUUGCAAUUUUGUUGUGAUGUGCAAUAAUUGCCCAGUGUAUCAUCAAAUGACUAUGCAUGUCUUGCAAUGUUUUUGUUCCAGUAGUGGUGCACAAAUUAAAUGAUCAAGUUCUAACUUUUCUGCACAGUUACAGCGAUGAAAAAUGUUGCAAGAUAUGUUUGAAUCAGGGGGUAUUGUACCAGGUAUUUUCUUGUGCAAUGCCGCAACAAAAUUGUAAGACAAAUUACAAGGAAAAUGGCCUUGUGUAACAGCACCUUUACAUUGUGUAUGUUGUAUACAAACACAUUGUAUACUCAUAGUCGCAUGCCACUUUACCUUACUUGAUUCAUCCUUUUCUAAAUUUCACACUAAAACAUUUUUUUUUGUGAGCAGUGCCUGUAUUAUUGCUACUGAACAAUGUUCUAAGACACUGAAGGUAACCUAACUGAUCCAGGAAUAAAUGAUGGGACCUGUAUGUGUAGCUUUUUCAUGUCAGUUGUUCAUAUACUGUAGCUGGAAAACAGUAUAUAGAUUAAACCAUCAGGUUAAACUUGACCAUCAACAUUUCUUUUCUGAACCGCUGAGGUUCUAGCCUGCAAGCAGGAUCUUGUGCAUUGCAGCUUGAGCUAAGGCGAUGAGCAAAUUUGUGAGAGACGAGUUGGUGGGUGGGGUUAGCUGGUGAGGGGCCUCCGGCUCAUAGACUACUAUAGGUUCACUUUCUUCAGUAGAAGUUUAAUUAAUUUUACAGACCACUUUUAGUUCUAGAAUUAGUAUAAACAGUGCUACAUGACAUCAAGUGUUACUUUAUUACUUUUUCUUCAACUGUCUAGUGUGCCAGAGACUCCCAUAGUUGACGAAUCUUUAGUUACUGAUCAGUCUUCAGCGGUGCCGUCUGUAGCUUCAGUUUCUGUUGGCGAGGUGGUUGGAAAUGCAAUCCCUCUGUGCCCGUCUUCAAGAAGAAUAAAGUUUCUAAUUGAAUGGAGAGAUAAGACCAUUCCUGUGACAUUAGAUGACAGUGAAACAAUAGGUAUUGUCAGGAGUGUACUAAGCACUUUAAGCUUAAGAGAAGAGACAGCAUUGGUUUUAGUCAGCCGUUUGGUGACAACCACACCAAAAGAAAGUCAACCAUGUUCAGUUAAAAGAACUACCGUCAAUGGUGAAGCAAGCUCAUCAUCAAAAAGCUGUAAUUCACUGGAGAAGAUCAUGUUAAACAUUCACUAUGGAAGCAAAGAAUUUAACCUUCCCUAUGCAUUAACUAAGUCAAUAGGAGAGGUAUGGCUUGUUGCAGCUAGAGUCCAGACUUUAUUUCUUGGUAACAUCUUGCUAAUGACAUCCACUCUGUCAUGUUCAACCACUGCUGUCCUACUCCACAGCAUAAAACCUAAUAAGGCCCAAAAUAUGACUGCUAGUACCUCAAAAGCAAGAUUUGCAGAUGUGGAUAUGGAAGGAAAUGAUGAUAGCAGUGAAAAUGAAGAUCCAUCGUACCCUGUCGACGAUGACGAGAUGUUUUGUGAUGUUACAUCUGCCAGGAGACAAAUAAGUGUAAUGUUGGAAGAUGGCUGUACAGACAGUGCUGAAAAUUUAGUCAAGUUUACCACUCAAUUUGAAGAAAGCACGAAGACUAGGUACUUUGAGAAAGUAUUUAUAGUAACUUAUAUGAUUAGAUUUGAAACGAUUUUUAAAAUCUUCUUUAUUUUUCUCUCAUCUUGUAGUCAACUGAUUUGCUCUGAGACUAUUGUCAACUAUAUCAGUGGUAACUUCGUUGUAUGGGCGUGGGACAUGACUCAUGAUACCAACAGAACAAGAUUUUUAGACAUGGUGACACAGCAUUUUGGCAGUGUGGCCGCGAGCACGGUCAGAGGGUUUGGGGCAGAACAGUAUCCACUACUCUUAGUUGGUUUGAAAAAUAGAUCAGCGAUGGAAAUUUGUUCCGUUCUUCAAGGCUCUGUUACCCUUGAUGAGCUUAUGACGGGACUCAUAAGUGCCCACGAGACAUUUCAACAAGCAAUGGACGUUGAAAUACGCGAAGAGGAAGAACGAGAAGCUAGGGAACUAGUGAAAAGAGAACAAGAUGAAGCAUACCAGGCCUCGCUCCGCCAAGAUCGGGCAAAGGCUGAGGAGAAACGAAGACAAGAAGAAGAAGAAAUUCUGUCCAAAAAACGUCACGAAGAGCAGGCUCUACACGAAGCCGAGCUUAAAGAGGCCCAGAGGUUGUCACUUAUGGAUCACCUCCCUGCGGAGCCUGGUUCCGAAUGUACAGCUCCGGUUUCCAAUCUCCGUUUUAGGUUGCCUAAUGGCGAUACUGUAGCGAGAAGAUUCCUGGCGAGCAACCCGCUUCAGGUUGUGUUAACUUUCGUUCAGACGAGAGGUUAUCUAGACAGUGAAUACAAAGUAGUGACAAAUUUCCCUCGAAGAGAUCUCUCAGCGUUGGAUACAACGGAGUCACUUCAGUCAAUUGGACUUUAUCCUCAAGAAACAAUUUUUGUUGAAGAGCGUUAGAAACUUGAAAGUAUGCAAUCCGAAUUAGUUUUAUUUCCAUCAAAUAACUUGUAAUAUAAAAAGCUGAAGUACACAGCUCCGUUUGCCUCGUUUCGCACAACUGGAGAAAAAAAUGAAGAAUGGAA